ACCGUGGCUAGAACCAAUCAGCGGCCGCAUUUCCGGCCACACCCCCUUCCCCAUAACACACAAAGGCUUCCAGAUUUUUUCCGUGUUUCAUUUGGAAUUUUCCAUCUGCUCAAGAUGUCCGAUGGUGAAACCGGUUUGAUCGAGGAGCAGACGUCUGAUGCUGACCAGGCCCUGGAUAAUGUGCACAUAUCUGAUGAAGACGCCUCUGACAAAGAACCUCUGUAUAACGAGCCGUCCUUUAAUGAUGCAGUUUCUGAUAAUGAGCAGACACCUGACAAUUCGGAGGAGAUUCCUGUUAUGUAUUACGGAGAUGAAGAGGACUUAUUGGAAGAAGAUAAUCAGCAUUUAGCAGACAAGCAGAAGACUGUGAUAUCAGAUAAUAACUGCACUAGAGAUUCAGAGACUGCAAACAAUGAAGCGGAGUCUCAAAGUACAAGCAAGCCACAGCAUUUUACUGUAGAAGAUGAUGAAUUGAUUCAAAAUGAAUCAGAAAUGUAUGGGUACAAUAUAGAGGAAACCUUUGGAGUAGGUGGUUCUGGUACAUACAAAACAAUUGAUUCAAAAACAGGGAAAAUUAUUAGCCCUCUAGACGUUACAACUUAUUUGUGCAUUGAAUGUGGAAGGAGUUUUACAGAUAGCACUCAGUUUCUUAAACACCAAAAGACUCACACUAAUGAGAAACCACAUGCAUGCAAUGUAUGCGGAAAGGCUUUUUCAUACAACUCGCACCUUGUGAUACACCAGAGGAUCCAUGCAGGAGAAAGACCGUUCUCUUGUAGUUACUGCACAAAGAGUUUUACUGAUCGCCCAUCUUUAGUAAAACACGAGAGGAUUCAUACAGGAGAGAAACCAUUUCCGUGUAGUGUAUGUGGAAAAUGUUUUACAGAUAGAUCAAAUUUAGUAAAACAUCACAGAAUCCACACUAGAGAGAAGUCGUUUAUGUGCAUAGUGUGUGGGAAAAGUUUUACUGACCGCUCAAAUCUUGUUAAGCAUCAAAGAAUUCACACAGGAGAAAAGUCUUUUGAAUGCACGGACUGUGGAAAAAGGUUCACUGAAAAUUCUACACUAGUAGUCCACCGUAGAAGUCAUACAGGGGAGAAACCCUAUGCUUGCAAUGAAUGUGGCAAAACCUAUGCAUGCAAUUCCCAUCUUAUUGUCCACCAGAGGUCUCACACAGGAGAAAGACCAUUUGUUUGUAGGGAAUGUGGUAAAAGUUUUACGGAUAGCUCCACACUUGUAAUACAUCAGCGGGUACAUACUGGUGAAAAACCUUUUGUAUGUCCUACGUGUGGAAAUAGAUACACUAAGAAAUCUGCCCUUGUUAAACAUCAGAGAACGCACACAGGUGAAAAGCCUUUUGCAUGUUCACAGUGUGAGAAGUGCUUUAUCGAUGGUUCAUCUCUAAUUAAACACAGAAGGACACAUACAGGGGAAAAACCUUUUUCUUGUCUUUUAUGUGGAAGAAACUUUGCUGCCAGGUCCACUCUUGUUAAGCAUCAGAGGACUCAUACAGGUGAAAAACCGUAUAUAUGUACUGUGUGUGGGAAAGCUUUCUCUUGUAAUUCUCAUCUGAUAGUUCACCAGAGGUUCCAUACUGGUGAAAAACCAUUUCCUUGCACAGUAUGUGGUAAAAGCUUUACUGAUAGCUCAACUCUUGUCAAGCACCAGAGGAUACACACAGGUGAAAGGCCAUUUGUAUGUAACGAUUGUGGUAAAAGCUUUAUUGACAAUUCAACACUGAUCAAACACCAAAGAAUACACACAGGAGAAAGACCUUACUCUUGCAAUGUUUGUGGGAAAUGCUUUACAGAUAGUUCAACACUGACCAAACACCAAAGAAUCCAUACAGGAGUCAAGCCAUAUACAUGCAAUGAUUGCGGAAGGAGUUUUACUGAUUGUUCAACUCUUAUUAAGCAUAAGAGAAUACACAAUAGAGGGAAUGCAUUACCAAACACUGGAGUAGCGAAAGCGAAAAGUGAGACUGGAAAUGCAGAGCCAGUUAGUGAUAAAGAGUUAAAGCCAUGAUCUUAGAUGUAAGAAAAUGGUGUGCUGAUAUAUAUAUUCUUUCGAUCAGGAGAAUAUUCAUGGAUAAGCUACACAAUUGCAUGCACAGGCAAACUCAACCUAGACUGUAAAGAAUUAUGAAGAACUUUUCGUGCAUACAAACGUACAUCUAAAACAGAUAUUUGGUUUAACUGAGGACUCAUAAUUAUGUUAUUUGUUUUUUCAUCAAAAAUGCACAUCAAACAGAAAUGUACUAACUAUAUAUGGCAAGAUCAUCAUGCGGUGUUUUUGGCAUGCUAUAUUGUCUCCAAUUGUGACUUCUAAUACUGGUUUCAAGAAAGCCUUCCAUAUCCUCAAAAUACUUGUGUGAAUUUCACAUGUAACUAUUAAGUGAACUUGUUUGGUUUUUUUAUAUUGUUCAUUUCUUUUAUUAAACAUGAAGGAAAGAGCAGGUUGAUCGUUGAGCUUUCAACACAGAAAUAUGGUAAUGCAUAAACAUUGAUAUGUAUAUUCAAACAAAGCCUUUCAUUUUUAAUGUAUGAAUGUAAUAUUCUGUGCUCAUUACAAUUUGUGGUUGUUUUUCCAUAUCAAGUGUGAGCAUUGGAGAUACAGAAAUCUGAAUCAGUAGAACGAGACAUCAUAUAUAAGUUUCCGAUACUUUAACAGAACAUGAAAGCAGAAUGUGCUGGUGAUUAUAUACAUUUAUGUGUCUCUUUGGGAAUGCAGAAUUUUAAAUCAGGUCUGACUUCCAAUGACUGCUUAAAAGUAUUGUGUAUUUUUCUUUGCUCGUUUUGUUUUAGGAUCUCACGUUAAGAAAAAGAGGAAACCCUUCUUUUAAUAAUUGGUUUUGUAAUUUAUUUCAAGAAUGGAAAAAAAAACCAUCAUGAGGUUUUAAACGGACAUUAAACACUAAAUACAUUUUCUGCACCUCCCUCUAAUUAUGGGCGCUGCCAUAUUGGAACCUAGAUUUCACUGCAAGUAUCUGAAGGAGAGUUGCUGCACAUGUGCAAAAUCAGCAGUAGAAUGCAGUAAAAGAUAGAUUUCAACAUGGCCGCACCAAUAACUAGAGGGAGGCGGGGAAUAACAAAAUGUAUUUAGUGUUUAAUGCCCCUUUAAUCUGCAAAUAGUAAUGUUUAAUCUAGCGCUACCAAUUAAAUAGAUGGCGAUUGACAUACAAAUAGCUCAAAGUUUUAUUGAGUAAGAUGGUCCAAUGUGUAGCAUUUCUCAACUCCAGUCCUCAAGUACCCCGAACAGACCUGAUUUAAGUGUUUACCUACAUGAGCUCAUCAGCAGGUCAGUGAAUAUGGCUAACUUUAUCAGGUAGGGAGAAUGAAUCACUUUGACUUGUACAAUUAUUUUAGGACCAGAUCUGAACGCUUGUCAAGUUAUGCUUUAGCAGAAUCCCUACCUAAGAUGUUAUUGAUUAGUCCCCUUUUACAAAGCAAGGAAAGCAUAGAAUCUUGGUCUUUUGAAAGACUUUAAAAUGACCGUACAGAAUCCACAUAGAUGCAUUUCAGUUUUGAAUAGAAGCAUUUUUGUAAUAUACAGGUAUUAGCAAAUAUGCUUCUAAUAAAAGCUAUAGCUGCUUCAAAAAUGUAUUUAAAUAUGCACCGUGCACCAGCAUUUUAAACACAGCACUUGCUCAGAGAGACUAAGGUGCUUGUAUCAUCGCAUAAUGACUCAAUUUGUUAAUUACUGACAUGAUACAAACCCCACUGACGCUCUGAUCAGCUGCAAUAUUUAAAAUGCUGGUGCACUGUAAAUAUCUAACUCUGCUUCACAUGCACGUGCGUGAUAACUUUUACUAGAAGCAUUUUUGCCAAUACAUGUAUAUUGCAAAUAGGUUUCUAUUAAAAAAUGUAAUUCAUCUAUGUGCAUUUAAAUUUUGAUCGGAAUAUCCCUUUAAAUGUAAUACACCCAUUUUCAUAUAACUGCAUUUAAUAGAUACUACUAUAAAGAAGAAUAUGCACAGAUACUGAUCUAACAAUCCAGUAUAAAACCUUUUAAAAACGUACUUAAAAGCUCCCAGUUUAGCACGGUUUAUGAGAUUAGCUGGAACACCCAAUUAAAAGGGGCUGGGUUCCUGGGUGGACUCUUCCUCUCCCCCCUUCCCUGCAUAUGAAAAGACAGAUAACACAAACAGAAGCCAGCAGGAGUCUGUAAACGCGUGUAUACAUCUGACACUGUGGGGCUUGGUUAGGAGUCUGAAAACCAGCACGAUGUUAGUAAAAAAUAACAAAGCUAUACAUUGUUACAAAAAAAAACUCCCAGUUGGGCUAUACAAAUGGAUCUUCUAGAAAACACUUAUGCAAAGACAAAUCUAGUGUAUAAUGUCCCUUUAAGUGCUAUAGUGAUUUUAUACUUUACCAAUAUGCAACUUGCAAAUUAUGGUUUUAUGGUGGUUAAAAUCAGGAGACCUAAAAAAACUGUGUGAAAUCAACUUAUAUACUUUUAAACUGUUAAGUAUUUUAACACUUCAAAAGAGUAACUACAUUCCUUGUAGCAGUAGACUCACAAAAAAGUCAUUUUAUAAAACAUAAUAUUCUUACGUUUUUAUCAAAUGGUUUUAAAAAAAGUAUUUCAAAUCCUGGUAGAUAACUUAAAGGGAAUUUGUACUGUAAAAUUAAUGUGUUCCAAAUGACUUGUUAUACCUACUGUAGAUUGUGAAAUGUAUAUGUGUUCCUUUGUGUUUUACUUUUGUAUUUGAAAUAUAUGUUUUUGCUUAUUAAAACCAGGAGGUUAAUUUGCUCUUUAACCCACUGUUUACAUAGCUUUUCUACAGAGCAUGCAAACAUUCAUAUUUUAAGUAUAGAUGGCAGUUUCAACUGGCAAAAACAGAUGUUUCAAAUUUAAAAAUAAAGGUAAAGGAGCUGUUUGUAAAAACAAAAAACAACAACAAUGUAUUACACUCCAGGAGGUAAAAUUGAUAAUUGGGAACACUUAAAAAGGUCAUUAUAGUGGAAAAAGUGCAUGCUGGAAUCCAUUAGAGCAUGUCAUUUUAUGACUAUAAACCCUGCAGUGCUGUGUGUUUAAUCCCUGCCAACAGGUUAAACAGACAAUAGAAGUGCUGCUCAAGACCCACAGAGCGCUGCUGGUCCCGAGUGGAACUAGCGCUGGGUCAAUUAGCAGUGCUAGCCGCUCAACUCCGAUAUGCAACGAGCGAUGCUAAUUGGAUCAGUGGUGGGUUCUACUGUGUGUUUUUCCCCUUGUUGGGUUUAAAAACCCAGUACUGCAGGGUCGAUAGUCAUAAAAUUACAUCCUCUAACGCAGACAUCCUCAAACUUGGCCCUCCAGAGGUUUUGGAACUACAUUUCCCAUGAUGCUCAGCCAGCAACGGAUUAGAGCGUGUAAUUUGUUUUACUAUAAUGGCCCUCUAAAGGGGGAAAACUGUACAGCACCAUAUUACUUAAAAUAGAGAAACGAUGACCAUCCAGAAUUAGCUUGUGAAAUUAAAUCACUUGCUUCAAGUUAUCUAUAAUGAUGUUUUUUGCCUGGUUUCUUGGUUCCUGGUAGCUUUUUGAGGAACACCAAAGGAUUGUCUCAGUGUUUUAUUGCUAAUUGCCAAGGAAAAUAAAUAAAAAAAAUAACUUUAUAUUGAUGACAUUUUCUGUAUUUGGUGCAAGGGGAGUUAAACUGCAAUAUCAAGAUUGUGUUAUUCAUAGGUUCUGGCUCAUUAUAUUUCUGAACUGUUCCUAUAUUGUGUAUGAAUUAUGUUUUCAUGAUUAUGUGCUUACGUAAUGUAUGGUAUAUUCAUAAACUUGGGAAAAACA